AUGGAUUUGCGCACGAUCAUGAACAGCGAAGCCGCGGGCACCUCCCAACGGCCUCCAUCCCCCACGUUGCAUCGAUCACCGCCGCAACUCACCCGCAAACCAUCUGAGCCAACCUAUCCGGCACACGAGCAGUUUCCGUCGUCAUCAUCCUCGUCUUCCUACCCAUCCGGGUAUCCCAACGGGCCAGCGCAGCAACCCGCGCCGCUCCAGCGGUCCCAAACCUCGCCAGACCGAGCUCCAUCCUACGGCUCACUGCAAUCGCCCUACCAGUAUAACUCUACGGGCGCGCAGUCUCAGCGCGGUCACACUCCACCCGCCGCGCCUUACGGCGCAUCGGCUUCGCGUGAGUCUUUCACCGCGCCAGCCAACUACCCUCCGCAACACCAUCAAUCGCACCAACAGUCGCCUACAGCUCCUCAGCGCUCCCAAUCCAUACAGUCUGUCCUCUCCCCUUAUCCCCCCGCCUCGCACUCAUACCCCCGCAGAGAGAACUCGCCCGCCGCGUCCCAACACCCAUACCCGUCCCAACAAUUCUCCCCCCCGGCAGCACAAGGGUCGCUUCCGGGUACACCGCGAGGCUCCACUACCGCUCUCUAUCACCAGUCAACACCUUCCUCCGCACGCCCUCAGUCCUCCGGUCGUGACUCGCUCUCGAAUCGAGCGUCGAGCCCGUGGGUCAACCAAGAUGGCCAGAUGCACAUGUCGCCGACUGCGGUUCCCCGCGCCUCGCGGCAUGAUUAUAGGGCGUUCGAUAAUACUCCUCAACGUGCCUCCCUUGUAACUGAGAGAAGGGAAUCGGAUGAGAAUGUGAGUCCGAAGACGGCCUUCCCACCGGGCUCCCGGCGUGAUAGCGUGGCAGGUAGCGAGCAGGCGGCUCUGUCGCAAUUGCAUGACAAGGGGAACAGCAUAGCUGCGCAGGGUAAUCGCACGUUUGACCGAAACUCCCACCCCCUCGGCGGUCCAACUGCGUCGAUAGCGUCACAAGUCAAUAGCCCUCCGUCCCGGGGAUCUCUCCCGAACGAAUCUCCCAAGGAACAACAAGGCCCACCACGGUCCUCGAAGGCUAGCUCUGUUUCUGAGUCAGUCCGAGCCAAUUCGAGUCCGCAACCUCCCAAAGCCAAACGAAGACGGUAUAACGAGCCGCCAAUUUAUGCUCAGAGAACAAGUCGCACGAAAGGGAGGUGCCCAAUGAUCCCCAACCCGCUUCCUCCCGUCCCCAAACAUCUGCGAAACUCAGCACAAAAUCCUUGGGUACUACGCCAGCAAGCCGCUUCACAGGCGCCUCCUGCCACAAAGAUAAAGCGGGAGGGUUCAGUUGUGGUUGGGCCCCCGGCCUUGCAACAGUCGCAGCCAUCACGCCCAUCACAGUCCGCUGAGCCACCCGAAAUGAAGAGCUUGGGACCCUGGGAACCAUCAAUCACAGGGCUUGAGCCAUUCGAGGAAAUCACCAAGACGAUCUGCGACUUUCUAUUUCAACAUGUGGUCCUUCGAAAUGACGCCAUAGCUGGUCCUCCCGGCGCAACAGCACAAGGUCAGGGCGCCAUAGUUGAGGUCGAAGCGAAGCUAGGACAUAUCAUCGAUCUUGAUCGCGGGGAAAGACUUCGCCUCCCAAUCAUGACUGAAAGCAUUAUCACUCGAGAACGCAUCCGAACAAGCUUCGAGAGCAACAUGACACUGGCUCAACACCGCGCGAUGAACAAUUUUCUCAACGAAGCAGUCAAGAAUUCCAUGCCCCAGGCCAACCCAAAGCGGAUUCCGCUCUCCUACGCCCAUAAAAAAGAGCGAGAUUCCUUCUACGAAGUCUCCCCUGCCGAGCUGCCCCCUGUCAUCCGCCAAAACCUCAACCCUCGCCAUAAACCCAAGGUGCGCGUCACGGUCGACCAACGCACAGGCGAGGUUCUUGCGAAAAUCGUGAAAUGCCGAGUGGCGGACCUCGAUAUUCACAGCCCUUUGACCGCCGUUGACUGGCGCGUCAGUGUUAACCUGGAAAUGAACUAUGAUGGUGACAUUUCCCACCUUACGCCUGCUGAUACUGGGCGUGGGCGUGCGAGCGAUCGGAACAAGGACCGCAUGAGUUAUAGGCAUCUCGCAUAUCAGGUGGAUCUGACACAAGUUGCUAGGUCUGAGCCGUCCGCAAAAGGAGAAUUCGAGCACGAGCUAGAAGUUGAAGUUUCGGCCGCUGAAAUCCGCCGUCAAGGCCAGCUCGCUAUAGCUGGUGACCCCAACAAUCAGUACCAGGACCUAGUUAAGGGUCUUGUAGAUAAUGUUCGCAUCCUGGCGCGGGCAGUGCCGGCAUGA